UAAUGGGCGUGCCUUUUCGUCGUCGUUUGUGUACCGCAUCUUGCAUUUUUGCGAGAUUGUUAUAUUUAAAUUUGGUGGCUGAGCUGAUUAAACGCGGGUUAAAAUGCACUUGUGGUUUAUGUGUACAAAAUUGACGACGUGUAACGGUAAUCGGAUUUUGUUACAAAGAGAGGAGCUUUGAGUGCGUGGUCAGGAACGUGCCGUUUCGUGAAAGUGAUAGCUCCUUUUGCUGGACAUCCUCGCUGCUUAAGUUAGCCUGCUUGAUGGGCAGAUAAAUGGAGCACAAGUCGAGAAGAGCGUCAGGAAAUGGAUGCCGCCUCCAGAACCUUGCUAUGUGCAGCACCAUUGUAAAGUUCAAUGGACACCUUACCCAAAGUGACCCUCUUCAUAACCCUGUUCUCAUUAUUGGACAACCCAAAAACCUUGCCAAAAUCACAUUUGAUGAUGUCAAGUGCAAGCUUGAGCCCCGUGUUGGAGAGGAGAUGUUCAAAGCGGCUGUGGGCUCGUUGCACCCUUCACCCACUGACAACUGCUUCUUAUACUUGAAUCUAGCCAUUGUGGCAGCAUUGCCAACCAAAUGCUCACGUCACAAUACUCCGUCACAUGCUCACUCACUCACCAAACUGGUGAAGAACCUUACGUCUGGAGUGGAUGAGUUUGUUGUGGUAGUAUGUGAGUGGCAAGAUGUGUUUGCCAGUGCUUGUGCUGUUGCCAGAGCAUUUCCAGUGUACACUCGAAAGUCCAGUGGUACUCCAGGGUCUCACAGUGUUACAGUGGAGUUCCUGCUUGUGGAUGGAGCAUACGGAGGUCGCCACUUGGGUGAGCCUGAAUUGCGCUGUCUCACUGCAGCUGCAGAAGGCAUUCAGUUGACAGCGAAGAUUGUUGACACUCCUUGCCAUGACAUGAAUACAGAGGCCUUUAUCAAGGAGGUGGAAAAUGUUGGAAGUACUCUAGGCCUCAAGCCCACUAUAAUCAAGGGAGAGGAACUUAAUACCAAAGGUUUUGGAGGUCUGUAUUCUGUCGGCCGUGCAGCAGUGCAUCCACCUGCACUUGUCAUCUUGAGCCACACACCAGAGGGCUCUCAAGACACGAUUGCCUGGGUUGGCAAAGGCAUUGUCUAUGACACAGGAGGGCUCUGCAUCAAGUCAAAGACUGCUAUGUGUGGCAUGAAAAGAGACUGCGGUGGAGCUGCUGGGAUUCUUGGAGCUUUUUAUGCUGCCGUAAAACUAGGGUUCAGUGAUAAUCUUCAUGCUAUCUUCUGUCUGGCAGAAAAUGCUGUUGGUCCAGAUGCAACACGGCCUGAUGAUAUAAUUACAAUGUACUCUGGCAGAACUGUUGAAAUCAAUAAUACUGAUGCUGAAGGACGUCUUGUUGUUGGUGACGGGGUGGCAUAUGCACACAAAGACCUGAAGGCUAACAUAAUCCUCGAUAUGGCAACUCUGACUGGGGCACAAGGUGUUGCAACCGGAAAGUACCAUGCUGCCUUGGUUAGCAAUUCUGCUGACUGGGAGGAGUUGGCCAUGCGGUCAGGCAUCCUUUCUGGUGACCUCAUUCAUGCCAUGCCCUUUGCACCUGAGCUGCACUUUGUUGAAUUUGCUAGUGCCCUUGCUGACAUGAAGAACUCGGUGGCAGACCGCAACAAUGCCCAGCCAUCCUGUGCUGGUUUGUUCAUUUGUUCUCAUCUGGGCUUUGAAUAUCCUGGUGUGUGGAUGCAUGUAGAUAUGGCUUAUCCAGUUCACUGUGGUGAAAGGGCAACUGGCUAUGGAGUUGCACUCCUCCUGACCUUGUUCGGACACUGUUCAAAGAACCCACUUUUGAAAGAGCUUUCAUCUUGGUGUAGUGCCAAUGCAGAUGAUGUAGAAAGGGCCACGAAGAAAAUCCGGUUGGUCUAGCGUAAUUUUUUUUUUUUCAAGGCUUUAUUGCUAGGCCAGACUCCAGUAUGCUUUUUUUUUUUAAUUAAGAAAAAUUUCAGUCUGUUUGACGUGGUGUUUUUAAAUAAGACAAUGCCACGAGUACAUCUGCUACCCAUUAAAUUGUGUAGAGGCCAUGAUGUUUGACUUGUGGUUGUGUGCUUACAAUAUUUGUGUGGCUGUGACAAGAGUUACAAUUAAACAUUUUCACCCAUCUGA